AUGUCAUUGAACAGAAUUGCUGCUGGCUCUCGGGUCUUCGCCCCGACUUUGAGGGCUCAAAUUCAACCUGUAAGUUCUUUCUUUAUGUGUUUUCCGCCUUUAGGAAGCCUACGGAAUCAAAAUGUUCAUGUUUUGGAGGGUUUUUGUUUAGAUUCUUAUAUUAUAGUAGACGCAAGAGAACUGUUACUUUUGCAGAAACGCCAAUCAUCUGGUGGGUUCUACGCUCAGAACAACUUUGACGACUUCGGAAAGGAGCUGAAGCACAGUUUGAAGACUGCCGAACAGACCGCUUCCACCUGGAAGAAGAUCUUUUUCGUGGCCUCCAUCCCUUGUUUGGGUAUCGCCAUGUGGGCCGCUUACCGCGAGCACGAGAAGCACCACAACACCCCUCGUGCUGAAUACAUCGAGUACCCCUACUUGAACGUGCGCAACAAGCCCUUCCCUUGGGGCGAUGGAAACCACAGCUUGUUCCACAACCCCUCUGAGAACUAUGUCCCCGGCGUUGGCUACGAAAAGGACCGUCAUCAUUAA